CUCGGUGCUCAGUGCCUUAGCCGGAAUGACGGUCGCUGGUCGUGUCGGUGCCGCCCCGUCUAGUCGCAUCAUGUUAGGUGUUCGGGCCGAUAAUUAGCGCCGCGUCCGCGCGCCCCCGAUGUGUUCCUCCACCUCACAGUGUCAAUUAUGUCGGAGGCGACCGUUGCGAGCAUUAUGAAGUCCGCCUCGGAGGGAGAGCUGCUCGAGAAGGACGAGGGCCUGCUGCCAGUGAUAAACACGGUGGACAUCGAGAUGAAGGACUCGCCCGCCCUAACGUACCCCCACGAAAGUAGGCCUAAGUUAAAACGUACUUUCACCCUGCCGCGGUUCGGCAAAGCUAGGAUGAGCAAAAGGCGGGGGAAGCAUAAAGGCAGUUCGGAGAGUGUGAACAAGGAUAGUGUGUUAAAUAUCACCGCCAAUAGUGACAAUUCAAAAAAUGGCAAAAAGGUGUUCAAGAUAUCAUCGUUGAAGAAUUUUAUCAACAAAGUUGUGCAUCAUGUGUCAAGUGUUAGUGUGAACAAUAAAAAUUAUCGAAACUAUGACUACAUGACACGUAGACGUGCAGAUAGAACUGUGUCACUCUCAUCAUCAGAUGUCAGAGUUCCACCGACACGCCCCCUUCACCAAAUACCUGGUGACAAAGUGCCUGGAGUUAUUGGACUACGGAACCAUGGGAAUACGUGUUUCAUCAAUGCAGUGCUACAGUGUUUGUGUCACACAGACAUCCUUGCCGAAUAUUUUGUACUGGAUAUGUACAAAGCAGACUUAUCUCGGCGAAAUAAACUUAACAGUAAAAAAUAUGGUACGAAAGGUGAAGUUACAGAGCAGCUAGCUGUGCUUCUCAAAGCUAUUUGGGCCUGUCAGUAUGAUCCAGAGCUGUCGACCCAAUUUAAAUCUGUCGUUGAUAAAUACGGCAGUCAGUUUCGAGGAAACAAUCAACACGAUGCACAGGAAUUCCUCCUGUGGCUUUUGGACAAAGUGCAUGAAGACCUGAAUACAGCCACCAAGAAAAAGUACAAAGCAAUUAAGAACUCGGUCGGCCGGCCGGACGACGUGGUGGCGGCGGAGACGCUGGCCAAUCACAUCCGCUGCAACAACAGCUUCGUGUACGCGCUGUUCCAAGCGCAGUUCCGCUCGUCGCUCACCUGCCCCCAGUGCCGCUGCCAGAGCAACACCUUCGACCCCUUCCUGUGCGUCUCCGUGCCCGUGCCGCAGAACCAGCGCCGGCCCGUGUACGUCACCGUCCUCUACACCUCCCAGCAGCCCAGACAGGUCAAGUUGGGCCUCACCCUGCCACCGCACGCUGACAUUCGAGAGCUCCGCGAGGUGCUGGCGUCUGACACCAAGAUCGAUGAGCAGCACAUGCUCAUCACUGAGGUGGACGAUUUGGGAUUCCAUCGGACUUUCUCAGAUUCGGCUCCUCUGAAUACAAUCAAAGAGAAUGACCCUGUGUACUGUCUUGAGUUACCCCAGCUGAAGGAAGCAACUCAAGACACCGGGGAAUACCUUCUCUUGGUUUGGGUCAAUGCCCUAAUGGUAGAAGACCAUGGUAUUCGGUUUGGCAGCCCAUAUACCAUGCAAGUAGGCCGUGAGACAGCCUAUGAUGAUCUUCAGAAACUGAUUCUAAAGGAAAUGGCAAACAUAUUACAUGACGACGUCCUGACGGGUGGUCAGCCUGCUUCUCUGUUCCGUAUACGAGUGUUAGAUGGAUUAUCAGGAUCAUACCUCGACCCAGGUGUAGACCAUCCUUUGUACGUUGAGGCCAUAGACCAGGCCUUGGCCCUUUGUGAGGAAGAUGCAGGCCCUCUUCAUGUGCGUCUUGUACUUGAGUGGGACUUAGAAACAAAAGAGAGUACAAUUGCGGACGAUUCUGAUCCGAUGGAAGAGCAUGCCAGUGUAAAACAACUACAACAAAGCUCAGAGCAAGGAGGUGCUGUCACUUUAGAAGAAUGUUUUCAGUUAUAUACACGAGCUGAAGUUCUUGGAACUGAUAAUGCUUGGCAUUGCCCCUCUUGUAAAUCAAAACAGGAGGUUGAAAAACGAUUAGGGCUGUGGACAUUGCCUGAUAUUUUGGUAGUUCAUUUAAAGCGCUUUCGACAGUCUUCAGCCAAGCAGCGGUCUCCAGCCAAACUGACAACCCUUGUCAAUUUCCCCUUGUAUGGGUUUGACAUGACCCCACAUCUUGCUCCUGCUGCCCAAGAUAACUCUGGAAUGCAGACUUUGGGCGGCUUAGGAUGGUCUCCGUGGAAGCGUCCUAGAAGGCAUCACAGUGGAUCUCGCUAUGAUGACAAUGUUUAUGAUCUCUAUGCAGUUUGCAACCAUCAUGGCCAAGACCUUCAGUUGGGUCACUACACCGCAUAUUGCCGGAAUCCUUAUGACACUCAGUGGUAUCGGUUUGAUGAUUCAAGAGUGGAUACAGUUGCUGAAUCAGCACUGGUCACUCCCUCAGCAUACAUGCUGUUCUACCAACGUCGUGGUCUAGGCGGUUCUACAUCUAGCUCAAGUUCAGCUGCAUCAAGCUCUAGUGCUGGUUCCACAGAUCACUGGGUAUAUCGGAUGCCUAGGCCUGCUCCUCCAGCUAGUCAAAGCAGUGAAGAAAUCAGCAAGAAAAGCGGAGAGGUUGAACAAGGGACAAAUGAGGAAGAUAAUGACUCGAAAACAAAUUUUCAACGCAAUUCUCGUAAUUAUUCCACUCUCCAACCAAGUUCAAAGCGGUCUAUUGCCACAGAAACUGACAGUAGUGAGCUGGAUAGGCAUUCUGAUGAUGAGGCUGCUACAGGUGCAAGUUUAGGCUGGAGUCAGCAUGUAAGCAGUGCCAAAACCUCUCCAAAAUUAGAAAUUAACAAGAAUGAAACCUGUUCAUUAUUAGCUGAUGACACUGUCUCCACUAUUGAGAAACAAGUUGGUGAUUUAAAUGAAAGGGACGUGAUUUGUAAGAGCCCUGAACCUGAUGUAACAGAGUCUCGUGUUUAAAAAUUGUGUGUAGUGAAAUAGGUAUUUUUCACAAAUUUGUUGAUUUGUUAUUGCAGUUAUACUUGUGGAUUGCAGAAUAAAAGUAAAUUUGAGGUUCAUGGACCUCUGGUUAAACUACUGUUGCAGAGGCCCAUUUCUGACUGGUCUCAUGACUCUAGUCUUAAACAACACUGUUUUUUGAAACUUCAUUUGAAUUAUUUACACAAUGCAGAGUUUAUAUGUCCCUUAUGACAAUUGAAAAGUUUGAGAUAAGCACAUGGAAAUGUUUGAAAUCACUGAAACAUUACAAAGAUGCGAAGAUACUUGUGUUCUGAAUUAUUCUUUGGUGUUUAAUUGUAAUCUUUAUUCACUUUGUAUGUCCUAUUUUAUGUCUUUGUACCAGUCUUAAGGAUGUUUUUCAAUUAAAAAAUUUUCUUUAAAUUUGGUCGGAAUAGGUGUCAUUGUUGAUUUGAUAUCUUUAUCAUAUUUUAACAUUGUUUUUCUAAAACUUAUACUUUUUUGUUGUGAUGUAUUCUUUCCUUUAAUAUUUCCAUAGUUUUUUAUCUUUUACGAAUUUAGUCACUAGUGUUAAAACAAAAGCCACACUGGUGACAUUUGGGCUGUAUGUAACAAGAUUACAAAGAAGUGUAACUCUGAGAGUGCCCUAAUGAUUUUACAUUAACAUCUGGAGUGAGUUCUACAGUACUCUUAAUUGACAUUUACAAAAAUCACUCCUAAAUUCUUGCUCAACAAAGAAAGAGGACGUUUCAUUUAAAUUUUGUUUUAGAUAUCUGUUUGACCCUGAAUCUACUUUUUUGACGUCUCAAAUGUUUGAUGUUAAAGAACAAGUUAUUGUCAAGUGUUCAACUCUCAAGUUAGUAUGGAGAAGAAGACAGUUUUUUCAGAUAGUGUUCUUACUCAAGUAGUACUGUAUACCAAAUUAAUGUCUCCAUCUUGUUUUAAUUUUAAAAGCUUUUUAUGUCGUUUUACUACACUUCUCAAUUAUUGUGUUUGUAUAUAUAUUGCAGAGCUUCAUAAUUCUAUUUUCACUUUUUGUUUCAGUUUGAGAUAUUUAUUGUACUAUAAAGUAAAUUCUAUUAUUUUUUAUUAAUUUUAUUUUAGAAAAGUAUGAGCUGUGAAGACUGGUUCCAUUGAGAUAGUGUUGGGUGUAUGGUGUUUACAUGCAUCCAAUUGGUGUUUGGAUAUACAGGUAACAAACAGCAGGGUGACUUUUAUUUGGUCCAUAUGUGAAAGGUUGUGACUCAGGCAUGUUGAAAGGAUAGCAUUUAGUAGUACUUAAGAGGUGAAUUUUUGUGGAAGGAAACCUGAGAUGUACGGAUUCUAGUUUAUUUUCUUUGGAAAUUAGUGUGGGGAGUGCUGCUUAUUAAGGGCAUCAAUUACUGCAAGUUGCAGUGAUCACAAUCAUUCAAGUGACAGCUGUUUGGAACUGUUUGCCUCUUCCCAAAGGGGAUGAGAUGAUGGAAAUUUUUAAAUUAAAAUACAAGAAUACUCCUUUAAACAUAGUUUGAAUUAGUGUUGAACUUGAUGUUCUUUCUUCAGAAAUUCUCAAAUGGUCUCAUAUUGUUUUGGUUUUGUUUUUUAAAGAAAAAAUAUACCAUAGCUGAUUUCUCUGUCUUCCCUCUGUGUAUUACAUAAUGUGCAGUAUGCAUCAUUACAUUUCAUUGUCAUCAGAUAAAUCAUAACAUUAUGUAUGCAUGCACAUAAAUCAUUUCUGAGGCUGUGUGUGUGAUUAAUGUAUUGUAAAUAUUUUAAGACCAAGUUUGUAGUGAGAUUACAUCUUUGAAUAUAUAUUAUAUAUAUGUAAAGCUAAGUCUGUAACAAAUGCAUUGUAAGCUCAUGCAUUAUUCUUUUGGUACCAAACAAAAAUCUCAAUGUACAUGUUCAAUAGUUAAAUGUAAUGAUAUUUUCAUUAAGAAAUAAAGACUGUAAUCAUGUUA